GACGCGACACGCUUGGGGUUGAAUAUUGGCAUCCCCAUACGCAGGAUUACUGACGUUUUGAAGAAACAGCGCUUGCUCCUAGCCUCCGGAUGCCUGAUUCUUCUAGUACAGCACUUGCGGUCUUGCCUCACCUGCACUGAAAAUGCCCGGCCUGGUCAGGCGCUCGAAUCGAGCCACAAGCUACCUCCCCGGGGUAGUUCGAGAAGACUCAGACGACGAACUGGGGACCGACGACUAUCCCUGGGAAUGGAUAUACGAUGAGGAAGUGAUCAAUGAAGAUCCCACGGCAGAUAAUUGGAGGAAGCGCAAACGGGCGACGGCAUACCAGGCCCAAAUCAUUGGCGCCCGCAUGGGCAACUUUGAGUGCUACCUCGGCGACACGGUGCUGCUCAAGGCCGAGGGGAAUAGUGAAGCCUGGGUCGGCAUAAUACGCAACUUCCAGGUCGACGAAGACGGCGAAAAAGCUGCCGAUUUUAUGUGGUUCUCCUCUCCGCACGAGAUCCGUAACCCAAAGAAAAGGACCGACUUUCUCGAGAACGAGCUGUAUAUAACCCCGGCGUUCGACGUCAAUCCGCUGACAACCAUCAACGGCAAGGCGUACAUCAUGUCCCAAGCCGCAUUCCAUGCGAAAUACUCGAGCGGAAAAGUGCCACGGAAGUCCAAGGAGGAUGGCAAAGUAUUCAUCUGCCGCAGGGGGUGUAACACACGGACAUGCACCUACACAGAAGAGUUCAUCUGGGAGGACAUCUACCACGGGAGAGGUGACAUCGAGACGCUGCAUGACCGAAUCCGCCAGGGUACCAAGGCCACCCGGAGACGCAAAACCAACAAGGAUGAACCGACCGACCAAGACUACAAACUCGAAGCAGAUGACGACCGCGAAGGCGACUACGGCCCCGGGACACCUCGCACUCCAAAAAGGACACGCACCAAAGAUGCCGUCACGCCGAGCAGCCGACGCAAGCCCGGCAGCAAACCCGCAACGCCAUCCUCCCACCGCCGCAUCCUCGUCAAAAAGCACCUCGAAUUCACACCGCUCGCCACCCGCGUCCUCUCCCCCCAGCACAUCCUCUCCUCCCCCUACCAACUCGCCCGCACCCAGCUGCACGUCGCCUCAGUCCCGACCAGCCUUCCCUGCCGCGAAGCCGAGUUCAGCGUCGUCUACUCGCACCUCGAAGCCGCCAUCACCGACGGUACGGGCACCUGCAUUUACAUCUCAGGCACGCCGGGGACCGGCAAGACGGCCACCGUCCGCGAGGUCGUCUCCCACCUCGACGCAGCCGUCCGCGCCGACGAGCUAGACGACUUUAUCUUCGUCGAGAUCAACGGCAUGAAGAUCACAGACCCGCACCAGUCUUACUCGCUCCUCUGGGAAGCGCUCAAGGGCCAGCGCGUGUCCCCCGCGCAAGCGCUGGACCUCCUCGAGCGCGAAUUCAGCCACCCAUCGCCGCGGCGCGUGCCGUGCGUGGUGCUGAUGGACGAGCUGGACCAGCUCGUGACCAAGAACCAGGGUGUCAUGUACAACUUCUUCAACUGGCCCGGCCUGCGGCACAGCCGGUUGAUCGUGCUGGCCGUGGCCAACACAAUGGACCUGCCCGAGCGCACGCUCAGCAACAAGAUCAGCUCACGCCUGGGACUGACGCGCAUCACGUUCCCCGGGUAUAACCACGAGCAGCUCAUGCGCAUUGUGCAGAGCCGGCUGGAGGGGGUUCCGGGGGAUAUUGUGGAUGCCGAUGCGGUGCAGUUUGCGGCGAGGAAGGUGGCGGCCGUGAGCGGAGACGCGAGGCGAGCGCUGGAUAUCUGUCGGCGGGCGGUUGAGUUGGCUGAGGCGGAUGCCAAGACGAGAGAGGAGGAGGAGGAGGAGGGGCAAGGGGUGCCGCAGACACCGAGCAAGAAGAAGGGCCGUAAGGGCCAGGGAUCACAAGAACCAACAGGAACACCUAAGAAGAAGAAGGGCCCGGCGGGGAGAGUGACCAUCGAGACUGUCCGUCGCGCCAUCAGCGAGGCAACGAGCAACCCGCUGCAGCAGUACCUCCGCUCGCUCCCCUUUGCCUCACGGCUGCUGCUCACGGCACUCUUGAUGCGCACCCAGCGGACAGGGCUAGCCGAGAGCACGUUUGGGGACGUGCUCGAGGAAAUGCAGCGGACGCUGAAGCUGGCGGGGGAGAGCCGGCCAAUGACACUCCUUGAGCGGAAAGCAGUGGGGGUUACAGAUGGAGCAGGGACAGAGGCAGGGCUAAUGGGUUCGAUGCGGGCAAAGCACACUACACAGCUCGUUCGGCCGGCUGGACUGAGCGCCGCCGCAGUCGACCUCACGGGAGCCGGUAUCAUCAACUUGGAGGGGCACAAGGCCGAGCGGCCGAGCAAAAUGCGGUUAGCGGUCGGAGAUGAGGAGGUCAGAUUGGCCUUCCGGGAUGAUCCGGAGAUCAAGGCACUUGGUGUGAUACUGUAACGAUAGCCAAAUACCAUUAGAGACGAUGUCUCAGACGUCUCACGACCUUUUCUCGUCUAUGCGUUCCAUGUAUAACGCUAAUAACC